AUGCUGGGCAGAGUAGUGGUGUGGCUGGCGCUUGUCGCAGUCGCAGGUAUCAUUUUAUCAAAGACGCGCUCAGUGAGACCACCAAAAGGUUACCGGGAAGUACCUGGCCCCAAAGGCCUUCCGCUGAUAGGAAAUAUCCUCCAAGUCCCGAUUCAACCACGACACCAGCUGAUAUCAUGGGCUCAGCAGUAUGGAGAACUUUUUCGGCUCCGUCUAGGACGGUACAACUGGGUAUUCCUCAAUCACCCAGCAGCCAUAAAGGAGAUCAUGGACAGACAGGCUGCAUCGACUUCGGGACGCGUUCCAACCCCUGUGCUGAGUGAGCUGGUAUCAGGGGGUCGGCGUUUUCUUUUGAUGGGAAAUACCCCAACCUGGAGAAAGUUACGAGGUCUUGUUCAUAAACUCCUCACUCCGAGGAUGUCUGAGAAGUUCCGUCCAAGCCAAGAUUUUGAAGCAAAACAAUUGAUCUACGAUUUGUGCAAUUCUAAUCUCGACGACAAAGAAUUCUACAACCACAUUAGAAGAUACACAACUUCAGUCGUCCUCACUUCAACCUAUGGAAAAAGGGUGCCGACUUCGGAUAACCCAGACAUUGUCGAAGUCUAUGGCAUCAUGAAAGACUUCUCAGACACAACUGUUCCAGGUGCUUUCUGGGCGGAUGUCUUCCCGCCGCUCGCCAAGCUUCCAACAGCGCUUCAAUCCUGGAGGAAACGGGCAUUGCAGUAUCAAGAACGUCAGACCCGAGCAUGGAUGAAGUUUUGGAACGAUCUGAAAAUUCAAAUCGACCUGGGAAAGGCUCCGGAGUGCUUUGUGAAACAAUGGCUUGAAACUGACUGGGAAAAGCAGGAGAUCAGCGAGCUUCAGGCGGCGUACGUGGCUGGCACAAUGAUCGAAGCAGGAUCCGAGACGACAAGUUCGGCCUUGAACAGUUGUGUGAAAUACUUGGCAGCUUAUCCUCAUGUACAGGAGCGAGCCAAUGAAGAAAUCUCCAGAGUGGUGGGCGACGCCAGGUCGCCUACUUGGGAAGACGAGGAGAAGCUUCCUUACAUUCGAGCGAUGGUCAAGGAGAUCCUUCGCCUCAGGCCGGUGUCGAGUCUUGGCCAGCCUCAUAUGACUACGGCCGAUGUUUACUACAAAGACUACUUCAUCCCCAAAGGCACAGUUCUCGCUCUGUGCCAAUACGCGGUGCACUACGAUCCCGCCCGGUACCAAGAUCCCUUCGAGUUUCGGCCUGAACGUUAUCUCAACCACCCUCUCAAAGCCGGUGCGUAUGCCGGCGGAGAUCCAUUUGCUCGCGAUCACUUUGGCUUUGGAGCUGGCAGGAGGAUCUGCCCAGGCAUGCAUUUGGCCGAGAAUAGCCUGUUCAUCACCCUUGCAAAAAUUAUUUGGGCUUUUGACAUUCGUCCACCAUUGGAUGCUGAGGGGAGAGAAGAAACUGUCGAUGUAUCCGACAAUGCCUAUGAAGACACGGGAAAUAUAUUGCCUAGGCCUUUUCGGUUGCGUUUUAUCCCUCGAAACGAGGUUCGGAAGAGCAAACUGAUAGAGGAAUGGGAGCAGGCUUUACGAGAGGGGUACUACCUCGGGGAUGUGAAAGUCGACGCUCUUGGAAUGGUGGUCGAAUGA